AUGGCCACCAUCUCCACCCACCGGCCGGUGGUGGGGCGGCCGUUCUCCAACGCGUUCUCGGUCAGCGACGGACCGGAGGGCUCCGGGACCGGGGUCCCCUACCUGUACCUGACCCGCAUGGAGAUCUCGGUCCAGGACCUGCAGGUGGACCCCCAGGCGUCCCUGUCCAUGUCUCUGGCUCAGACGGACUACUGCAGACAGGAAGGCUUCGACCCGCAGAGUCCUCUGUGUGCUCACAUCAUCCUGACUGGGUCUGUGCUGGAGGUGAAUGGGACGGAGGCGGAGUUUGCUAAGAAGUCUCUGUUCAGUCGACACCCACAGAUGGUGGAGUGGCCUUCAGACCACGACUGGUUCUUCUGCAAGUUCAACAUCACACAGGUGUGGGUGCUGGACUACUUCGGCGGGGUGCGGACCGUCUCUCCGGACCAGUACUUCCAGGCCUCGCUGCUCCGGAAGUACCACUGA